UGACACGCUGGAUGCUGCACAGCAUCAUCUCCUCAGCAUCAGCAGGCAGCGGACCUCCAUCCUCCUCGUUCUCCCUCUGCCUCUCUCUUUUCCUCCUCCUCUGCCUCUCCUCCUCUCACCAUUACCCUUGCCCUUCCACCAUUCCGCUCCCUCCAGUUGGCAAGCGGGCCUGCUCAGUCGUACCGCAGAGGACGUGCCAGCAGGAACAGCAGAGGCAGGCGAUUUGCUUGCCACUGCUCCUCAAUGUCAACCUGAGCACAUUCUUCAUUCGUUUCCUCCUCUGACUCCCCAACAUACUGCUUCUUUGCCAUCCUCAUCUACACUUCCUUCCCUCCGGACUGUUGGACUCCCAAGAUGCCUUGCUGUAGGCAGCUGCGCUAGGCCCCAGCAGCAUGGGCGGAGGCUGGGUGGGGAGAGAGAGCACGGAUUGGACCCUUCCCCUCAGGACGGGCGCGCUGGCGUGUCACCCUUCCUCAGCUUCAGAUGGGCGAGGACGCUGAGAGCCCCAAAAUCAACCAUACCUUCCUGCGAGACUACGUCACAGAAGGUAGAACAGACGCUGAUGUCAUCUCUACAGUUGAAUUUAACCAGACGGGGGACCUGCUGGCCACAGGGGAUAAAGGUGGCCGAGUGGUCAUCUUCCAGAGAGAAACAGAGUCAAAAGGGGAGUCCGAGCAUGUUGGGGAGGCGGGUGACUCGGGAGAGUACAAUGUCUAUAGUACCUUCCAGAGCCACGAGCCCGACUUUGACUACCUAAAAAGUCUGGAGAUCGAGGAGAAAAUCAACAAGAUCAAAUGGCUGCCUAAACAGAAUGCCGCUCACUUCCUCCUCUCCACCAAUGAUAAGACCAUUAAGCUGUGGAAAGUAAGUGAGAGAGACAAGAGACCAGAGGGAUACAACCUGAAAGAUGAGGAGGGACGACUCAAGGACAUUUCCACCAUCACCUCCCUGCAGGUGCCGGUACUGAAGCCCACAGACCUGAUGGUAGAGGUCAGGCCCAGGAGAGUAUUCUCCAAUGGACACACCUACCAUGUGAACUCCAUCUCGGUCAACAGUGAUGGGGAGACGUACCUGUCUGCAGAUGACCUCAGGAUCAACAUGUGGCACCUGGGCAUCACGGACCGCAGUUUCAAUAUUGUGGACAUCAAGCCAGCCAACAUGGAGGAUCUCACAGAGGUCAUCACUGCCGCAGAGUUUCAUCCCCACCACUGUCACCUGUUUGUAUACAGCAGCAGUAAAGGAACGCUGCGUCUCUGCGACAUGAGAGCCUCUGCACUCUGUGACAAACACACCAAAUCAUUUGAGGAACCUGAGGAUCCAGGGAGCCGGUCUUUCUUCUCAGAAAUCAUUUCCUCUGUGUCAGAUGUCAAGUUCAGCCACAGUGGGCGAUACCUGCUGACCAGGGACUACCUCACCGCCAAGGUGUGGGACCUGCACAUGGACAAAGGCCCUGUGGAGACAUAUCAGGUCCAUGAAUAUCUGCGGAGCAAGCUCUGCUCUCUCUACGAAAAUGACUGCAUCUUCGACAAGUUUGAAUGCGUCUGGAACAGUUCAGACAGCGUGAUCAUGACGGGGGCAUACAACAGCUUCUUCAGGAUGUUCGACCGGGACACGGGCCGGGGCGUGACCUUGGAGGCGUGGAGAGAGAGCAGCAAACCUCGAGCGGUUCUGCGGACCCGCCGCGUGUACACUGGCGGCAAACGUCGCCGUGGAGAUGUCGGUGUGGACAGCUUGGACUUCUCUAAAAAAAUCUUGCACAUGGCUUGGCACCCGUCUGAGAACAUCAUCGCCAUAGCGGCGACCAACAACCUGUACAUCUUCCAGGAUCGUGUCAACAGCGAGUCGCAGGCACAUUGAUAGAAGGCAAUAAUACAGAUGCUGGAUUUGCUUGUAUUGAUGAAACAAGAACUUUGUGACUUUAUGACAACACUGUUAAUGUAGUUUAUCUCCAAACUUGACACCAACUGAUGAGUUCACACAUCAGGACAUGAUUUUGGUAACACGCCGUUUUUGAACAUGUAUGUGUAGUUGCUCCACUAUAGGAGCGGUGUGAAGAGGUGCAGGGUCACCUCUCCGUUUGUCAUGUCCGUGCUGUUCGUAAUGAGAUGCCUCACUCUUCACCUUUCCCAGACCUUUGCACAAAAUGGAUGAUUUAAAACGUAGCAACGGUUGACGACAAAGGUGUUAAGAAAUAGUGAGAACCAGGUGACUGAAUUAAAAGUGUCUUGCUUUUCAGUGAAGAAUGUUGACUGUCUUGUACUGCAAAACUACCUUUCUUCAGAGCAGUGCUCUCAGAGAUAGGACUCCUAAUCCAAUUCACUUUGCAAUAACAAAACUACUUAAGCGGCACCACAGGUAUUCUGCUUUCAUACAAAGCUUCAGCUGACAUAAACGUAAACACUUUUUAUCAUAAGCUGUAAAUAAUGUUUUUUUUUUCUAAGAGAAUACUGCUGAGUAUGGUCAACUUGUGUCACAAAUCUCUGAGGGAGAAAAUGUACCGUAUUUCUUUCUCUAACCCAACAAUUUCUUCCAAAUUCACAAAAAAUUGUUAUAAAAUGUGAUUAUUUUUUUUUGUUAAAAAGUGUUUUAAUGCAAAAGAUUACUAUUGUAAAUGUCUAAAAAAAGUUUUUUUUUUUUAAAGUGAAUGCAGUACAAUAUAUUUAUCUCACAAACUUUUUUAGAUCAAGACUUUUACAUUUUCUCUCUGUGAAAUUGUUCUUCAAAUGUUCUCUGGGGUUGAUUUCCCUUCUCUGCAAAUAUUUAAUGGAAUGUUGGGUGAUUGUCAUGAGAAAUCUUGAGAAAAUUCCAAUCAUAUAUGUAUGACGUUGAAGCACAUGAUUGAGGCCCCUGAUCCGUCUAUCAUAGAUUGGAGGUUUAAACUUCUGCAACAUCAUAACUUAUACAGCUGUAUUGUAUUUAAUCCAAAUCAGUAACAUAGUUGUAUUGGCAGCACAGCUCCACAAACUAGACUGAGAUGUGACACCAGUGUGAAGUGUUGCCAUUUGCUCUGUGAAGAAGAUGGAUUUGACUGUUUACAGUACCGUGCUGUGUCUCAAGUGACCUUGGCUCUGAUGGGAUUCAUGUAAAAUGUUUUGAUAUGUAGCUGAAGAAGUCAAAGAAAUAGGUGGAAACAUGUUCAGUCUCUUCUUGUCCUGAAAACCAUCUCACUUUGUGGAAAUGCUAAAAGUGGAGUGAUGUGUCUCAAAGUUCUGGACCGUUAAAUUCAACCUCCCUAAUUUCCGCCUGCGACGACAGGUUUACAUUGUGAGAGAAUCUAAUUUUACGAUGCCAUCAUUUGUAAUUGCCCAGCCAUCACUGAGAACCUUGGAGGUGUUCAGAGCACAUCAGCAGCAGCAUGUUGCCAUUUCUCGAUGCUACUAGCGUGUAUAUCUAUCAUACUUUGAAAGUGCUACUCUAUCAGUACAAACACUGAAAUGAUUUGAAAGAAAGGAAUGUGCAUAAAUAAAAUAUUAA